AUGUGAAAGGCACCACUAUCGACUGUCAGCAGUACGCUUUCUAUGUUUGGACUCUUCCAAAGACCUUUACUGUGUCUAGCCUUGACAUUUCCUCUGUACACUGUGAGUUCAUGCCAUUUUAAUUUCUGACAUAGGUGGGAUUGUACCUUCUCUAGAGGCCUUGAUAAAUCACAUAAGCCCAGUUUUUCUUUAAGGACAAGUUCUACGCCAGGAGUUCCAGCUCCUGUGUGCUACACCCCUCUGCAGCCAAUAAAUACUGACAAAUGAAGGCGACCCGAGCUGGCUGCAGGCGUUAUAAAACAGAUCGAGGAUGCGUGUUGAAAGCCAGCGCAUUCCUUUAAACAACGGAGCGAGGCAACGACUGUUGUGUUUUACAAAGACGGGAAGCAGAUGUCUGGAUAUGGCAGAAUCUGAAGUGUCCCUCCCCCUCUCUUCUGAGCCUGUGCCAGUUUCUUUUAUCCCUCCCCUACACCCGUCCAUGUCACAUAGCACUCCAGAGCUCCUAAUAUAGAACCAACCGCUUUGUAGGAGAGGGUAACUAACUGAGUGGAGUCGCCAACAGUUUGUGAGUUUUCUGCUUUGAAAACUUUUUCAUGGACACAACGGGAUUAUGGAACCUCUCUCACAGGUGAAAUGUUACUUUGGAAUGAAUAUAACAAGGGGAAAGUGAUUAAACUGUUAGUGGAAGCAAGAAAAAUUAGUAGCCUGGAUUCCAAACUAUUUUGACUAUGUCAUGUGGAGACUGUUUGGCUUGCUGUGUUGUAGGUGUCAUUCCCAAAAAAGAAGCAGGAAAUACAGAAACAAGUAUGUGAUUCCCCACAGAGGCUGAUGCCACCGUCUACAUGAAUUUCAUGAAGAGUCACUGCUGCUAUGAUGCCAUUCCAACCAGCUGUAAACUGGUCAUAUUUGAUACCACACUGCAAGUUAAAAAGGCCUUUUAUGCACUGGUGGCAAAUGGCUUGAGGGCUGCGCCUUUAUGGGACAGCAAGUUACAAAGAUUUGUGGGUAUGCUGACUAUUACAGAUUUCAUCAACAUCCUCCAUUGCUAUUACAAGUCCCCUUUGGUUCAAAUGUAUGAGCUGGAGAACCACAAGAUUGAGACAUGGAGAGGUGACUCAUUUAAAAACGUCUACUUACAGUGUUCCAAUCCCUUCCUCAUUAGUAUCUCUCCAGAGGCCAGCCUCUUUGAAGCCAUCUAUUCCUUACUUAAAUACAAGAUCCACAGGCUGCCGGUCAUCGAUCCAGAGUCUGGAAAUGUCCUGCACAUUCUGACCCACAAGAGAAUCCUCAAGUUCCUCCACAUAUUUGAGAAAAAGGUUUCCAAGCCCGCAUUCAUGGGAAAGCAGAUCCAGGAGCUCAGGAUUGGAACGUUCAGGAACAUUGCCACUGUUCAGCAAACGGCAACGCUUUAUGACGCCCUCUCCAUUUUUGUGGAGAGGCGGGUGUCUGCGCUGCCUGUGGUGGACGAACAAGGCAAAGUGGUGUCACUCUACUCAAGAUUUGACGUGAUUAAUCUGGCAGCCCAGAAGACUUACAACAACCUGGACAUGUCUAUGCGGGAAGCCGUUUGCAUGCGCUCCUGUUUCUUUGAAGGAGUAAUCAAGUGCUAUCCUGAUGAAACCUUGGAAACCAUCAUAGACCGCAUAGUCAAAGCUGAGGUCCAUCGUCUGGUCCUGGUGGACAGGUCUGACGUGGUGAAGGGCAUCAUCUCUCUGUCCGACCUGCUGCAGGCCAUGGUCUUAACCCCUGCAGGUAUUGACGCCCUUUUGUCCUAGCACCAGAGGACACAGGGUCCCCUUCCCUCCUUUACCACCUGUGUAGGCUUGAGUCCUGGCCGUGUACCCAGCCAGAAAUCAACCUGAAGUGAGAGCUCACGUGAGGAAGACAAACGCUGUGCCGCUGUUUACAUUAAGGUGUCUUACAGGAUCUAUGUGCUGUGGUCAUGUAACAAGAAUGGACAGUGAGUGGACUUUGAUACUAAUGAAUCUUUAUAGGUCUCCAGCACAGUGUCCACAUUGGCUGCAUUUGAUCAAAUUGAUCAAUAUAUGUUUACCCAAUACUGUAUAUUUCUGUAUUAAAUGUUUGUAUCACAACUCACUGGUGUUUUCCAUGUAUAUUUCCUGGAGAAAUAUUAAAGCUGGAGUGUGAUUUUAUAGAAGAUUAUACACAAUAUAGAUAGGAUAGAUUAUCAGUAAUAGUAGAUGCAGUAGUAGAAGUAGUGGCAGCUGGCGAUGUCCUGAAGGAGAUGGAAAUUUUUUGAUCCUCUUUUGUUAAACCUCUAGGCGUUUCUAUGGGCCAGGAUUUUAAUCAUGUUGAGAAAGUACCUAGCAGAUAUUGAGAUAAUUACUCAUGAAUACAUUUAUUACCUCCCAUCUUGACUUAGCAGGACAUCCCUGAACUGCUUGUAAGUGGCCCAAAAUGCUGCUGCCAAGCUUCUGACCAAAUCCUCUGAAAGGUCUCAUGUAACACCAAACCUGAUUUCUUUUCUCUGCUUUCAAAGUCGGAAUCCAGUUCUGGUGAUCACGUUUAGAGCCUUGCAUGAUCAGGCACCUGCCUAUAUUAAAGAGCCACUGCAGCCUUAUACUAGCAGUAGGGAUCUGAGGUCCUCUGAUCAGGAUUUGUUUUCACUCCUGGCUCGAGACAAAAGGAGACUGUGCUUUUGAGUUUUCAGCUGCUAAAUAUUGGAGCUCUCUCUCCCAUUGGACUUAAAAGCUGUGGACACAGUGGGACACCUUUAAAAAGCAGCAUUUAUUCAGACUUGCUUUUGUGUAAUUAGUUUUGCCUCAUGUUUUUUAGCUGGAUUUCUGCAUCUAAUGUCUAAUGCUCUGUCUCUAAACUUGCUUUUACUGUCUUUUAUUGUGAAGCACUUUGUGACGUCUGCUCUUGAAAUGUGCUAUAUGAAUAAACUUACUUACUUACUUA